AGGCAUUCUUCAGAUCAAAACUAAUUGCAGAGUUUCCGGUUGACCAGCAUUCAUAGGAAUGAAGACAAAGUCAGAGAUGGUGUAUCUGAGAAACUUCAAAAGGUGUAGACCUCCCGAUUGAAGCAUAACUGAUUUGAUUCAUUUUUAUUUAUAAUAUUUCUCCUCUCUACAAGGGAGUCAUGAUUACACUAACAGAGUUAAAAUGCUUAGCGGAUGCCCAGUCAUCCUACCACAUACUGAAGCCGUGGUGGGACGUCUUCUGGUAUUACAUCACCCUCAUCAUGCUGCUGGUGGCCGUGCUGGCUGGAGCCCUGCAGCUCACCCAGAGCAGGGUCCUGUGCUGUCUUCCCUGCAAGGUGGAAUUCAACAAUCAGUGCACCGUGCCUUUGGACCUCCUGAAAGCCAGCGAGAACGCGUCUUCUAACUCGGGCCUGCCAUUCCCACUGCCGCUCCGCAUCCAGAACGACCUGCACCGGCAGCAGUACUCCUACAUUGACGCUGUCUGCUACGAGAAACAGCUCCAUUGGUUCGCCAAGUUUUUCCCCUAUUUGGUGCUUCUGCACACCCUCAUCUUCGCAGCCUGCAGCAACUUCUGGCUUCACUACCCCAGUACCAGCUCCAGGCUGGAGCACUUUGUGUCCAUCCUCCACAAGUGCUUCGAUUCUCCGUGGACCACGCGCGCCCUGUCAGAAACAGUGGCCGAACAGUCAGUGAGGCCCCUGAAACUCUCCAAGUCCAAAACCUUGCUCUCAACCUCAGGGGGAUCUGCUGACAUUGACGCCAGCAAGCAGUCAUUGCCCUACCCACAACCAGGCUUGGAGUCACCUGGCAUAGAAAGCCCAACUUCUAGUGUCCUGGACAAGAAGGAGGGUGAACAAGCCAAAGCCAUCUUUGAAAAAGUGAAGAGGUUUCGCCUGCAUGUGGAGCAGAGGGACAUCAUUUACCGGGUGUACCUGAAACAGAUAAUUGUCAAAGUCAUCCUGUUUGUCCUUAUUAUAACCUAUGUCCCAUACUUUCUCAGCUACAUAACUCUAGAAAUCGACUGUUCAAUCGAUGUGCAGGCAUUUACAGGCUAUAAGCGCUACCAGUGUGUCUACUCCUUGGCAGAAAUCUUUAAGGUCCUGGCUUCAUUUUAUGUCAUUCUGGUGAUGCUUUAUGGUCUCACGUCGACCUACAGCUUGUGGUGGAUGCUGAGGAGUUCCUUGAAGCAGUACUCCUUUGAGGCCCUCAGAGAGAAAAGCAACUACAGCGAUAUCCCCGAUGUCAAGAACGACUUUGCCUUCAUCCUCCAUCUGGCCGACCAGUACGAUCCCCUGUACUCCAAGCGCUUCUCCAUCUUCCUGUCGGAGGUCAGCGAGAACAAACUGAAACAGAUCAACCUCAACAACGAGUGGACCGUGGAGAGACUGAAAAGCAAGCUUGUGAAAAACUCCCAGGACAAGGUCGAGCUGCAUCUGUUCAUGCUCAGUGGUCUUCCAGAUAACGUCUUUGAGUUGACAGAGAUGGAAGUGCUGAGCCUGGAGCUCAUCCCCGAGGUCAAGCUGCCAGCUGCCGUCUCUCAGCUCAUCAACCUCAGGGAGCUCCAUGUAUACCAUUCGUCCCUGGUGGUCGAUCACCCAGCCCUGGCCUUUCUAGAGGAGAACUUAAGAAUCCUCCGCCUGAAAUUUACUGAGAUGGGGAAGAUCCCACGCUGGGUGUUCCACCUGAAGAACCUCAAGGAACUGUACCUGUCGGGCUGCGUCCUCCCGGAGCAGCUGACUACUAUGCACCUGGAGGGCUUCCAGGACUUGAAGAACCUGAGGACCCUCUACUUGAAGAGCAGCCUGUCCCGGAUCCCUCAGGUGGUGACAGACCUGCUGCCCUCCCUGCAGAAGCUGUCUCUUGACAAUGAGGGAAGCAAACUGGUUGUGUUGAACAACCUGAAGAAGAUGGUCAACCUGAAAAGCCUGGAGCUCCUCAGCUGCGACCUGGAGCGCAUCCCCCACUCCAUUUUCAGCCUCAACAACCUGCAUGAGCUGGACCUGAAGGAGAACAACCUCAAGACAGUAGAGGAGAUCAUCAGCUUCCAGCACCUCCCGAGCCUCUCUUGCCUGAAGCUCUGGCACAAUAACAUCGCUUACAUCCCCGCGCAGAUCGGAGCGCUGUCUAACCUGGAGCAGCUCUUCCUGGGUCACAACAACAUCGAGAGUCUGCCCUUGCAACUUUUUCUAUGCACCAAACUACACUACUUGGAUCUAAGCUUUAACCAUCUGACCUUCAUUCCAGAGGAAAUCCAGUACCUGACCAAUCUGCAGUACUUUGCUGUGACCAACAAUAACAUCGAGAUGCUACCAGAUGGGCUGUUCCAGUGCAAGAAGCUUCAGUGUCUACUCUUGGGAAGGAAUAGCCUAACAGAUUUGUCCCCUCUGGUGGGGGAGCUUUCAAACCUCACCCACCUGGAACUCAUUGGUAACUACCUGGAGACACUGCCUGUGGAGCUGGAAGGCUGUCAGUCCCUGAAACGGAGCUGUCUGAUUGUCGAGGACAGUUUGCUCAAUUCUCUUCCACUUCCUGUGACAGAACGUUUGCAGACUUGCUUAGACAAAUGUUAACCUAACGAUCAGACUUGAGGCGAAAGCGGUUCUAAAGCAAGGCCCCAGGAAAGAAGAAUGAACUUUCCUAUGUUAUAAAGAUGAGAGAUGGUCUUGUUUAUGAUUAUGAAACACCAUAACCAAAAAUCUUACCAAAUAACCCAGUGUCUGAAUCAAGCAGUAAAAAGAUAUCAACACCGGAGUUUUGUGAAUAAUUGUUGUUUAAAUUAUUGAGGUGUAAAAAGUGUACAUUGAAAGUGGAUUGAGAGGCAUGCUGUCAUGGAAACCUUAUCUUUCAAGUCUUAUCUUCAGGACUCCAUUCCCCCCCCCUCAACUCAUUACAUAUUUGCAUACAUGUUUUCAUAUGACCUUGUAAUCUGAUAUUUAACUCCAUGAAGACUCAUCAGUAUAAAUCUCCUCAAUGUAUGCUUACCACUGGCUUAGAUUUAUGUUUUGUUUUUUAAGCAGCAUGUAUCACAGUGGGCAGAAUUCCAUCUUGGCUGACUUCUCUGCUCCUUUCUCUUUUUGCUGGAAUCUUCAUCUGGGUUUCUCUUAUAGUCCUGGGAUAGACCUACAUUUGGCAUUUGCCUAGAACAGGAGCCAGGGUUUCUAGGACAUGUGAUCUGCUGAGCAUCCUAAAAAUUAAUGCAUUCUCAAAAUUUCUUCUUGUCUAUCAUCAAAGCCUUUUUUAAAUAUGUUAAGAAUUUUUAUAUGAAAUAUAAAAUAUUUUUUACUGUAUGAUCUCAGAUGCUAUAUCUGUGAGAACGUGGUUUUGUAAGCAGUGAACAUGUGCAUCUCUGUAAGAAUUUUAAUGAUUCUUGGUUUGGGCUGACUAUGAUUCUCCUGUUUGUAUGCAUUCUGCUCCAAAAACUUUUGUACUCUUGCAAUUAAUUACUGCAACCAAUUUGUAUGACAAAAAGCCUUGUGUUUUUGCUCCCUAAUGUCUUUGAGGGUUUUCUCAUGAGAGGACAGGAGGGCUGCUGAAUCACCUACCUCUCCUUGCUGUUGUCUAAGAGUACGGGUACAACCCCUCAAUUACUUAAAAUCUGGGACCAAGAGGAGAGGGCAAGAUCUAGAUUGGAAAAUUGAUUAGAAAUUUAGUAAACAUUAAAUAAGAUGUAGGUUUUUCCCCAAUCUGCAUGAUCUCUCGAUAUGAUGGAAGCUGUCUAUUCAGAACCUAACUGAGCCCAGUAAACUAACAUCCAUCUCACAGCCUGCCUUGUGACCCCUGGGAUAUGUCAUGCUCCCUUUGACAGAGAGCUUUGUGUUUGCCCUUUGUUAUGCGUAUUGCUGAAUAAAUAAAAUGGACUGGCUCACACUGG